CAGAGCCAGAGCCAGAGCCAGAGUGAGCGCGAGGGCGAGCGGGAGCAAUUGAGCCAGACAGAGCACGUAUACACAACAUGGCAUCAUCAUCGAGGCAACUGCGCGAGCCGAUGCGGAUCAAGAUUUUGUCCAUGGGAUCGGGCGGUGUCGGCAAGUCGUGCCUCAUCAAGCGGUACUGCGAGGGACGGUUUGUGGGCAAGUACAUCUCGACCAUCGGGGUGGACUACGGCGUGAAGACGGUGCCGUACGAUAACUACGAUCUCAAGGUCAACUUCUGGGAUCUUUCCGGCCAUCCUGAGUUCUUUGACGUCCGCAACGAGUUCUACAGAGAUACACAGGGCGCUAUGCUGGUCUUUGACGUCUCGUCUCGCUCGUCGUUUGCUGAUCUUGAGGCGUGGAUCCGCGAGGCCGAGCAGUACGGCGCCGGUGACGCUCAGAUCAUUGUCGUCGGAAACAAGGUUGAUCUGGACCGGACCGUCUCGGCCAAGGAAGGCAAGGCAUGGGCCCGUGCUCAUGGCUACGAGUACUUUGAGGCCUCGGCCAAGUCCGGCGAGGGCGUCGACGACAUCUUUGAGCACCUCUUCGAGUCCAUCGCCUCAGCCAACCAGCUGACCUGAUUGCCGUCAUGGCGGAGCAAGUGAACGAACGAUCCAUGCC